AUGAAUCUACAAGAAUUCCUGGCCAUGGAGGAAACUCGCGACCGCGAGCGCGACGAACUAAUCGACCUCCGCGGCCUGGAUCUGAUCUCCGAAUACGACUCCCACCUUAUGUGCCCGAUCUGUCACUGUCCAUUCGUCGAACCCGUCCGUCUACAAUGCGACCAUGUCUUCUGUGCGAGUUGUCUCAGUUCGGCGAUCACCACCUUCCGCUCGGCCGACUCGGAGGAAUUCCCGUGUCCCUCUUGUCGGAAUCCCGUGCAGACGGUGUCGGCUAACGUACCCCGCCUGCUGAUCAACAUGUGCGACGAGAUCAGAGUGCGAUGUCCGUUGAUCGCGGAGGGCUGUGAGGAGAUUAUACCCCGGGGCCAUGUCCAGUCCCAUGUCGAGAAGUACUGUGGGUACCGACUGGUGCCAUGCCCGGAUGCUUCAUGCGAUCAAGUGACACGGAGUAAAGAUGUUGGAAUGGAUCAGAAGUGCAUACAUACAGUACGACGGUGCUCUCGUUGCGAGGGAGAUGUUUUAGAACAGGAAUAUGAGGAACAUGAGAAAGAGCUCUGUCCAGUUCUCGAAGUCACUUGUAGUGACUGCCAAACAGUUCUCUCCAGGGGAGCACUAGCGGAGCACGUUGAAACAUGCACAGAGGUUGCGAUCCCCUGCGCAGCAUCCAAAUACGCAUGUCCGGUCAAGAUCCGACGAGCAGACAUAGCAACACAUGAGCAAAGCUGCCCUCUAGUUGCAACGGGUCCAUAUUUUGAAGCACAAAACGCCCGCCUCAACUCCCUCGAACUAAGUGUGCGACAUCUGCAGCAGCGCAACGAGAUCUUCGAAGAUGGAAUCGCAAACAUCCGAUCUACCCUUGGCGAAUCCGCACGCAUAGCCGCAAGCGCUCACGGCGGUGCGCAAGCAACCCAGACUGGCAGGGAACAGCAAGCUACUCGCGCCGAAUCCAACACGGACGACCCGGCAGAUAUUGCUGCCAGCAUAUUCUCCUCCAAUGCCACGACAUAUCUCCUCUCACUGCAUGAAUCUCUCCGCGAAGAAGUCAGCCAGCUUUCGCACGCUAUCACAGACCUAGAUGCUCGAGCCAGCAUGGCUAUCAUGAACGAAUCCAUGCGCAUCAAGGAGGACAUGGCCCACACGAAUGCUGCACUCAACAGCGUCCGCAUGCAGGUGCAAUGGCUCAUCAAUCCUCGUCUGCACCAGGGAACGAGAGGCGCUGUCCGGACAAAUACUUCUAAUGAAGAACCAUCGGCAGCUGGGCCGAGCCAGAGUUCGGCUCAGUCGUUGGGCCACCUUCGGCCGAGACGGUCCAGUGAUAGUGGACGUGAGGGAACGAAGUUAUGA